AUGGGCAAGAAAGCGCUACUACGUCCACGUAUUGCACAAGUCAAUAGAUCAAGCAAUGGCAACGUUUACGGAUCCAUUAUCUGUUUAGGGAAGAACUCAAAGACUCUCCACACAGAGAGGUUCGAUACAUUUAUUGGUCAUCCAGGUCAGACAGCAUAUCCCAUAGGCACAGAUUACUCACAGGCUUGUCGAAACUUGUUGCAGUACUAUUGGACACCUGAAUCCACAUCAUUGCAAAGAAUCAGUGAUGUAGCAGUUCAAAUUGGUCCUCCAGCCAUCACUCAAGAACAACUCCUUCAGCAAGCUAGUUUACCAACAACAGAAACAGAACAGUUGCAUUUACCAGAACUUGUACCUGAUGAUUUUGAACCGUUCAAUCAGCCAAGCUUUAAUUCAACAAUUCCAGGUCCACAGACUCAAAGCUCUGAUCUCGCAAUACCAUCUGAGCAAAAUCCAUUUUCUGAUAUACCGAAAAGCGAUAAUGAUGACAAUAUUUCCAAUGAUUUUGAUUUCGAUUACAGCUGGUUCUGA